ACCCGAACCAUCAUCGCCGCAAGCUUCUCUCGUCCAACGAUCUCUUGUAACGCUCCUCGGCGGCUUCACCUUCAUAUAUAAUUGCACACAGCAUGCCUAUCUACAAUAAACCAGUGACCGUGUUCCCUGAGGCCAGACUAUACAUGCAGACACUCAGUCACACCGAUCGUCUAUCAAUAGACUGCUAUGGAAUUCAUGACCGCCUGAAGCCAUUGCAAUCGCGACCUGCCUUACUCGAGGUCACGCGAGAUGCCUUGCGAUACGUGGGAAGCUAUGUGACCUGCCUCGCAGACGCCAUGAAGGCAUGCUACAGAGUCUUUCUCGCCAUAGGACACGCCAUACUAUCCGCUGAUACAUCACCUGAGGCCGACCUCGCGGUUAUAUAUGACCAGUGCGAUAUCUACGCCCGUCUUUUGGACGAGCUCACGUCCUUGGGAAACUCGACAAUACGCGCCGUCAAUAUUCUCCAGCGUCGUGUGAAGAAGAAGCUCUCAUAUCCGCCGGGCAUACAUUUUCUCAUGAUGCAUGUGCUUGGACCCAACUUUUGGCAUGAACGAGCAGUCGCUCUGACCGAGGUGCCACCGAUGCUGGACGUGGUUCGUCAGGACGUCAACGGGAUUGCGGCGCUGGUGACCGAGCUCAAGCUUCAUGCCAGAGUCAUGCGAGAGCGCUUCUCCAUCGUCCAGCUCGGUCAGAUCAAAGCGCUUCCGGCUCAGGUUCGCCACGACGUGAAGGUGCUCGUCCAGCUCUCCUCGAAUAAUCUACCCGUGUGGGCGGAUACCGUUGGUGUGCAUGGUUCGUGUAUAUUGGAGGAUGUAACGCGAAAUGUGAAUAGUUAUGAUUAGUAAGGUACAUAUUUAGCUAUGGACUUUGAAGAUAUAGGGACACGUCUGCGAGAUGUCUUCGGCGUAUACUAUAUAGCACAGAUUC